AUGGCCAGCCGCGGAGGUCAACAACAAGGAGAGGCAGUCGACCUCGGCACCCUCAGCGCCCAACAGCUGAGCGCCGUCAAGAAGCAGCUCGAUGGCGAAGUUGAGCAUCUCUCUAGCUCGUAUGGCCAGCUUGCCGCCGCCCAAGCCAAGUUCAAGGAGUGCCUGCGGGUAGUCAAGUCCGGGUCAUCAUCAUUUGACAAAGAGAAGUCCAUCCUCGUUCCGCUCACCAACUCCCUCUACGUCAAAGGCCGGCUCGCCGAUCCCGACCGGGUGCUCGUCGAUGUGGGGACAGGCUUCUACGUGGAAAAGACCACAGAAUCCGCCUCCGAGUUCUACGACGCCAAGGUCAAGGAGCUGGCCGGCAACAUCCAAGGCCUAGAGGGCAUCGUGCAGGCCAAGACCAACAACCUGCGCGUUGUCGAAGAAGUCUUGCGGCAAAAGGUUUUGGCACAAGGAGGACCAGGUGCGGCCGGACAGGCAUCCUCAUGA